AUGGCUCUCCCUGUCAACAUUUUGUUCUCCUUGAUGCUCCCCUGCUGCCUGGGGGCUAAAGUAGCCCGGAAUUAUAAGACCAUUCUAACAGUGAAAAAUGGAGGGCCAUACGGAGUUUGGGGUGCAAUCGAAUUGUGCCCUGAAGGUUAUGCUCGUGGAUUCGCACUCAAGGUACAGGAACAUCUGGGUGUAUGGUAUGAUGAUACAGCUCUGAAUGGUAUUCGCCUCUACUGCACUAAUGGCAAAGUCGUUGAGUCAAAAACUGGCCCGUGGGGAAAAUGGACAGAGCCUAAGUAUUGUCCCAAAGGCAACUUAAUCUCCUUCACACUGAGAGUGGAAGAACCCCGAGGGCUGGUUGCUGAUGAUACAAUAGCCAGCAAUGUCCAGUUCACCUGUCAAGGUGGACAAGUUCUGACAGGCAACUCACAUGCAUGGGGUGUUUUUGGACCAUGGAGUGAUCACUGUCGCUCUAGCUCCAUAUGUGGGCUUCAGACAAAGGUAGAGAGCAAUCAGGGUACUGGUGAUAACACAGCACUUAAUGAUGUAAGAUUUUUCUGUUGUGCCUGA